CUCGCCCAGCGCGCGCGGCAGAGCGAGCGCGGGGCCGCGCUGCGGGCGCUGGCGGCCAGCGAGCGGGCCGCGGAGGCGGUGCGGCUCGCGCGUGUGGCCGAGGCGGAGCAGUCGGCGCACAUCGAGCGCCAGGCCCGCGAGGCGAUCGCGUCCCUUCAGGGGCACGUGGAGGAGGCUCGCCGCGCCGCCGACCAGAGGCGCAGCUUUGCCCGGCAGCUGGAGGCGGAGGGCAUGACCAGGGCCGCGAGGGAUCUGGAGGUGGCCGAGGCGCGGGCGGCCAGGGCGGAGCGCGAGGCGGCCAGCGAGAUGGCCGUCGCGGAGGUGGCCGCCGACCACCGCCUCGAUGCGCUGUCCCACGCGCUGUCGGUGCUUGGUCGCUCAGGAGCAGAGCAGUCCGAGGGGAGCCCGCAGGAGCUCCGGCAGGCAGGCACGUCGCGCCUCGCGGCCGAGGCGAGUGCAGGUGUCCAGGCAGAGGUGAGGGCUGCAGUGAGGCUGCGCGAGGGUGUCGUGUCCGAGAUACAGGCCGAGGUCGCCGAUGCAGAAGCUUCCCGGAAAGCUGCGCUUGCUCGGGUAGCUGCUGCCGAGUCAGCUCAGGCCGAGGAGGUCGAGUCUUCACGUCGCUUUGAGCUGGAAGUCAGGAGCAGGAGUGCGAUACUCUUGGCCUCGGAGAUGGCCCAAGCUAGGGAGGAAGUCAGCGCGCUCGUGGCUCAUAAGGAGCAGCUGGGGGAGAAUGCUGCUAACACCUUGCAUGCGGCUGCAGAGUCAAUCAAAGAAAUAGAGGCGUCAACUUCUGAAUUAAUUCACGAGGCGAGUGAGCGCGAGGAAGCGGCCAGUGUUCGGCUUGCUGCGCUCUUAGCAUACAGGCAAGAGGAGAUGGAGAUGUUCGAGGCCAGCAUAAUAGCUGAAGACCAGGCGGGGCUUGCGGAACAGGAGGAGGCCGAGGAGUCAGAGAUUCAAAGGUUCUCGCAUAUAGAGAGCCGUUCCGAAGAAGCGGAGAGAGUGCAUGUUGAAGAGGUCACCGAGAUGGAAGCGGCCAAGACGUGCGCCCUUGCUGCAGCAAGCGAACGCGCCGUGACCGCGUCGCAGUGGAGAGCAUCAGUAUUGGCAUCCAUUCGCUUGGAUCGUCGCCGCUCGCUCCAACCACUGGAGGCCAUUGCUGAGGCCCAGGCUGCAGAGGCUUCACGGCUGGAGGCGGAGGCAGAGCUGGCCAGCGACCGUGCGGCAGCGUCGAAGAGGAACGCAGAGCUGGCCAUCAGGGAUCUUCGGAGCCAAACUGCUCAGCACGUUCGAGCAUGCAUCUUGCGUGGGGCCGCGAUCAAGCGAACCAUGGACGAGAUUGCAGACCAAACCUCCGCAGCUGCAGCUGAGGCCGCGGAGGAGGUGGCGUCCACGAAACUGAACGCCAUAGUUUCAGUUGAGGCUGAAGAGCAGAUCUGCGCUCGACGGGUGCAAUCAGCGGAAGCUCGUGUGGCGGCUGCCACGAGGGCGGCGACGUCAUGUGAAAGCAGCAUGGAGGUAGCUCUGCUUGCGGCUGAGGAGAAGAUCACAUCCAUCCGAGAAGAGGCUGAAGAAUCGGAAAAGCAGGUGCAGGAUUCUCUGGACCAGGAGCUGCUGGCGGCUCGAACGCGCUUGGCAGCAGCUGAGACAGAGGAGGCGGCCAGCAUGGAUGCUGUGCGUGCAGAGGUGGCUCACCAGCAGGCCGCUCAUGCUGCCUCCAUGGACCAGCUCGAGGCUGUGCUCGCCGAGACAGCGGCCGCCGACCAGCGUGCGCAGAUUUGGAACCGGGAAGCCGAUGCAGAGAGAGCAGCUGCUGCCCAGGUCGAGGCCGACAGCGAGCGCGCCGCUGCGCGCCUGGCAGCGCGACUGGCUUCCCUGCGCGCUGCCAGCGAGGAAGAGGUGAGCGCCGCGCUUGCCCUGGCGGACCGCCAGGUGCGAGCGGCGGAGGACAGGGCCCGGGCAGCGGAGCGCGAGGAGGCGGCCAGCGUGGCUCGCACUCGGGAGCUCGAGAGUGCCGCGGCGGCGGCCGAGGAGGCCGGCGCUCGGCGGGUGGAGGCCCUGGAGGAGGGCGCGGAGGCCGAGGUGCGCGCCUGGCGGGCGCGCUACGAGGAGGCCGAGCAGGCUCUGGCGGCGUCCCUGGCGCAGUCGAUGGGCCACGAGCGGGUCUCCGCCUGCAUCUUCGGGCGGGCGCGGGCGGCGCCCGGCGCCGCGGCCCUGGGCCCCUCGCAGCCGCAGACGCCGGCCUCGCAGCCCCGGACCCCGGGUGCCGCAGGCUCGUGA